AUGAACAUGUAUCAACGAGAUGCAGCAACUGAUGCCGGCGACGCGGGUGGGUUCAAGCUAUAUCACUACGACCCGUCCAUGGCUGGCGGUGCCAUCUUCACGAUCCUUUUUAUCGGCACCACUCUCUUUCACACAUGGCAACUGUUCCGGGGCCGAUCUUGGUUUACCAUUCCUUUAACCAUUGGCGGUUUAUUUGAGCUUGUUGGGUACGCUGCGAGAUGCAAGUCUGCCAAUGAAACGCCAGAUUGGACGUUGGGGCCCUAUAUCAUCCAAAGUAUCUUUCUACUCGUCGCUCCGGCACUUUUCGCCGCUACCAUCUAUAUGGAGCUUGGUAGGAUUGUCGAGAUGAUCGAUGGAGAAGGCCGGGUGAUGAUCAGCAAGAAGUGGAUGACCAAGAUCUUUGUUACUGGAGAUAUCCUGUCGUUCUUUCUACAAGGCGGAGGCGGUGGUUACCAGUCCUCCGGUACACUCGAGGCGCUGGACGCCGGAGCGAAAGUCAUCAUCGUUGGCUUAUUCGUCCAACUGAUCUUCUUCGGAGUCUUCAUCAUCAUCGCCAUCUCGUUCCAUCGAGCUAUCCUGCAGAACCCAACUGGUCGGUCGACUAGCGGACUUCCAUGGAAGAAGCACAUGAUGGUUCUUUACAUCGGCAGCUUGUUCAUCAUGGUGCGAUCUCUUUUCAGAGCAGUUGAGUACAUUCAGGGUAACAGCGGUUUCUUGCUCAAGCAUGAAAUCUAUCUCUACAUUUUCGAUGCCCUCUUGAUGUUCCUUGUUAUGGUACUGUUCAACUGGUUCCACCCGUCCGAGAUUACUGCUAUUCUGGAUGAAAGGAGGAGUGGUAAAGGGUACAGCAUGGGAGCAUUUACCGCAUGCGCUUAG